AUGAAUAAAGUACUCAUCGCCUCAAUUUUGCUGAUAGGUGUUUUGGGACAAUAAUCACCACCUCUGGAUUGCACAUAUUUAAGUUGUUUAGCUACUGGUGCUUUGAAAGUUGGUUAAUCAACACGUCAAGCAUUCUAAUGCAUGAAUGGUUACUAUUGGGCUGGGCAAUCAUGCUAACCUUGUCAACCAAUAGAGGGAGGAUUUUAUCAGUGUACAGAUUAUUACUAAACUGGGUCUUUAACUUGUAGUCCAGGAUGGACAUAGCUAAAUGGAAUAUGUGUGAAUAUGCCAAAUGGAUGUUUGAGCUACUCAUUAAACACAGGAGCCAACGCCUAUGUGUGUGGUAAAUGUGACUCAGGUUUCAGUUUGAUUGCUGGAGUAUGCGUUGAGAAUUAGGCCUGUACAGUCUAUAGUAGUACUCGAUAUGUAUGUACUCAAUGUUCUUCUGGACAUUACUUAAAUUGGGAUUAUAUUCCCUCAGUAUCAAGCUCAUCCGACUAAUACUACAAUUACUUCGAUGGUUUUUGCAAUCCAUGUGGCAUAGCAGGAUGUAUGAAUUGUCCUUCAGCAAACACUUGCACACAAUGUUAUGGCGGGUAUUUUUGGUCAUUCAGUGGAUUGACAACAGGAUCAACAACAGAUGGAUCUGGAACUUGUUAGAAAUGCCUAGAUUUUUGUACAAGUUGCACAAACAGUACAAAUUGUACUACAUGUGCAGAUGGUUACUUUAUUAGUACCACUAAUGGAAUAACAACUUGUGCCUCAUGCUAGCCAAGUCUCACUUGUACAAAAUGUUAAAAUUCAACAACAUGUUUAGCAUGUGUAUCUGGAUAUGCUUUGGUAAAUUCAACCUGUUAAAAAUUACCUGAAGGCUGCACUCAAAUGGAUAAUAAUUAGAAUUGCACAUCAUGUGUAAGCAUAUAUGUUUUGAACACCUAAACUCCAAAGACUUGCACUCCAUGUGGUACAGGUUGCGCUUCAUGCACAAUCAAUGGUACUACUGUUUCAUGCACAAAAUGCUAAGAGUUCUACUAUGCAAUCAAGGAUUAAAGUAACAUCGUCACUUGCUCAGCCUGCUCUUCAUAUCCUUAAUCAACUGGAUGGUUGAGAUGUGGAGGUCCAUAAGAUACUCCCUCAUAUACAACAGUUUAAGUCACUUAAUGUGUCGAUGGCUACUUCUUAGUCAAUAUUACUACAAACGGUGUUGCUACUCCUACAUGCAUAGCCGCUGUACAAAUAUAAGCAUGUUUGACUUUGACUAACACAUCAACUAAUUCAAACAAUAAUUUCGGUGCAUAUGAAGGAGGAACUUGUUUAUCUUGCCCACCAUAGGCUGGAGCUAAAACACAACUCUCUUCACAAUGUAAUAAAUGUGGUGGAUCAUCUUCAACACCUAUUUCCUGUACUGGAUGCUCAUAAAAAUAUUUCUUAUAAGCAGCAAGUUCAGCAAGUUCAGCCACUUGCGCCACAUGUUCUGCAAGUGGUGGUUGUUUAGAAUGCUCAUCCAAUACUACCUGUACCAAAUGCAAUACUGGAUAUUACUUAUCAGGAGCAGCCUGUCAACCAUGUCAAACCAAUUGUGCAUCAUGCGACAAUUCAACAACUUGCAAAGCUUGUAUGGACGGAUACUUCCAAUAUUCUGGUAUUAAGACUGCCUAAGCUACUUGUGUCGCUUGUUAAUUCGGUUGUGCCACUUGUGCAUCACCUGGAUAGGUUUGUUUAACUUGUAUUGAUGGAUACGUCUUCCAAUAAGGAGGUUGUGUGCCUCUUAAUCAAGCCAAUUGUGCUGUUAAAUUGAAUUCAACACUUUCCACUGAUAAGCCAUAUUCAUUCUUCUGGAUGCGCUAUUUGCAAAUAUGGAUUCCACAUGAUCUAGAAUCGUUGCUUCUAAUCAGUCUAACCUUAUGCUGGAUAUGCUUAUGGAUAAACAACUAAUGUAAGCACUGACUUGAACUACAAAAAUGACACUAUCGUUUAUGCUCAACUAUUGGUGGCUAGUUUUAUCAUGUUAGUUUUCACAUUAUGAUCAAUUAUAAUAAUGAUAAUCAUAAAUAUUUAAAUAUUUAUAAUUGCGCACACUUA